UAUACAUAUAUGCAUUCUCCUUUCUUUGUAUACUCCAGCCUCAACCCUUCCUCUCUUCGCCAAACCGAAUCAAACGACAACAAAAACCAAAUUCGCCAAAAAAAAGAAAAACGACAAUGGUGGGCGUUUUCCGUCGCUCCCUUUCUUUCAAUCCCAGCCGUCCAUCACCAAAACAGCCGAUAUCCCAUCACACAAGAUCAAUCAGUCUUCCGUGCAGAUCUCACCCGUUGAUUUCCCAGCUCAGGGACAAGAUCACCGAUCUUCACUCCUGGUCCGAAGCCACUACCAGCUCCAGAACCUCGGCUUGGCUCUGCGACGGCUUGAGCCGGCUCAGAGACCUCCACGACUGCCUCGAGGACAUCCUCCAGCUCCCCCAGACGCAGGAGUCCCUCCGCCGCCAGCCCCACUCAGUCGAGAAGCUUCUAGAAGAUUUCCUCCGCUUCGUCGACGUGUACGGAAUCUUCCAGACCUCGAUUCUAGCUCUCAAGGAAGAGCAGUCGGCGGCUCAGGUGGCCAUAAGGAAACGAGACGAGUCGAAGACGGCUCUUUGUCUGAAAGCGAGAAAGCGAACGGCCAAGGAAAUGAGGAAGCUUGUAGCGACCGUCCGAUGCAUCGAACGGCUGGCAUCACCGGUGGUUUCCGUCGGCGACGCUGAGCUUGCCGAUGCCAUUGGGGAGGUGGUGGAGGCGACGGUGACGGUUUCCGUAGAGCUGUUUAACGGAAUUGCAGUGUCGCUUGGGCCGAAGAAAUCGUCGGCGUGGAGCUAUAUAGGGCUGAUUAGGUUGAAGAAGAAAGCGAAGAAAGUUAAUUAUGUUAAUGUAAUUAGUGAGGAAGGGAUUAAGGAAUUUGAAGAAGUUGGGACGGAGUGUUUGGUGGGAUUGAGAAAGAAGAGCGACGAGGAGAUCAGGAAGGCAUCCAUGAAGAUGCGGGAAUUGGAAACCUGUAUUGGCGGGAUUGAGAAUGGCGGCGAGAGGAUUUUCAGGAGUUUGAUUAACGCAAGAGUUUCGCUUCUCAACAGUCUCACACAAUAAUUUUUUUUUUUUAAAUGUAAUAUUAUUAACUCCGAA